AUGGAUACAGAAGACUUCUAACAAGCUGAAGAAUUUAAAUAAAAGGGUAACGACUGCUUUAAGCAUAGUAAAUAUUAGGAGGCCUCAGAUUUCUAUACUAAGGCUAUAGACUGUCAUAGCACCUCACCAAAAGCAGCUCCAUAUUACUCUAAUAGAGCAUUCUGCCAAUUAAAGUUAGAAAAUUAUGGUCUCGCUUUGGAGGAUUCUAAAACCUCUAUUAAAUUAGAUCCUAAUUUUGUCAAGGGUUAUUAUAGAGAAGGUUCUGCCUAUUUAGCUCUUGGAAAACUUGAAGAUGCUAGAAAUUCCUUCAAAGCCGCUCAUAAGUUACAGCCCAAGGAUACUGAUAUUAAUGAAAAACUUAAGAAAUUAAAGUAGAUGAUUUAUGAGAAAGAAUUCCUUAAGUCAAUCGAAAUUUAACACACCCCUUUAGUUAUUCAUCCUGAAGAUAUUAUUGUUGAGCCUAGUUACAAUGGUCCAAAACUUGAAGAGGAUAACCAAGAAAUUACUGCAGAAUGGGUCUUAAAUUUAAUGAAUUGGAUGAAGGAUUAAAAGAAAUUGCAUAAAAAAUAUGUCUGGAUCCUCAUAAAGAGAUGCAAUAACAUUCUUAAAUAAUAUAAAGCCCUCAUUGACUUGGACUACGGACAAGAUGAAAAACUCACUGUUUGUGGUGAUAUCCAUGGUCAAUACUACGACUUAUUAAACAUAUUCUCUCUUAACGGAAACCCUAGUCCUUCCAAUCCUUACCUCUUCAAUGGAGAUUUCGUUGACAGAGGUUCAUUCUCUGUUGAAUGUAUCCUCACUCUUAUUGCUUGGAAGGUUCAUAAUCCUAACGUUAUUCAUUUCACUAGAGGUAACCACGAAUCUAAAAACAUGAACAAGAUGUAUGGAUUUGAAGGAGAAGUUAUUCAUAAAUAUGAUAGCAAGACUAUGGAAUUCUUCUCAGACUUCUUCUAAAAUCUUCCUUUGUGCUAUGUUUUGAACAAAAAGGUUAUGGUUAAUCAUGGUGGUCUUUUCAGUAAUGACGGUGUCACCCUUGAAGAUAUUCGUGCUAUUGAUAGAUACUAAGAACCUCCUGAUACUGGCCUUAUGACUGAUUUAUUAUGGAGUGAUCCCGUCAAGCAAAACGGUAGACAUCCUUCUAAGAGAGGUAUCUCUAUUGGUUUUGGCCCAGAUGUUGCAUAAAAAUUCCUUGCUGAUAAUAAAUUAGAAUUAUUGGUUCGUAGUCAUGAAAUGAAAGAAAAUGGUUAUGAAAUCGAAGCCGAUGGUAAGGUUAUCACAGUUUUCUCAGCUCCUAACUAUUGCGAUUAAAUGGGUAACAAGGGUGCUUAUAUAAUCUUCAAAGGAAGCGACAUGAAGCCAGACAUUAAAACUUUUUCAGCUGUGGAACAUCCUAAAGUUCCUCCUAUGGCCUACUCAAGAAAUUUCUUAAACUUGUUUUGA